UCGUACGAUACUAUUCUCCCGUCUAGAAACUGAGCAUUUUCAGAUCAUACGUCAAGUAUCAGCUGUUCCCUGGGCAAAAUGUGGGCAGAUACCUUAUUCAUUGUAUUCAUCUCCAUCUGUACAGCGCUCUUUGGCGAGGUUUUGAUGGCAGGGUUGUUGCAAAGCUGCCCUUCAUCCCAAUCUCCUGGCUCCAAGGCUUGAGCCACCGUAACCUGAUGGGUGAUGACUACACAGACUGCUCUUUCAUCUUCCUAUACAUUCUGUGUACAAUGAGCAUCAGACAGAACAUCCAAAAGUUACUGGGCUUUGCACCUUCAAGGGCAGCAAACAAACACAGCACCAAUCUAUUUGGUCCACAGCCUCAACAGUUUAGUGCAUAUAAAUAAAUGGACAAACUCUGCACCUCAGCUGUUUCUCUUUCUCUUCAUUUGUAAAUAAAUGCACCAUUUUAAUUCUAUUUCAGUUUGAAGUCCAUUGUUAAUAUUCUGUCUGAAAUGCUCUGUACAUUUUAAAAAGUUAGAGAAGUGCAAUGUUUAAAGUCAUCAUUUUUGUACAGUUGCAGAUAUGUUUUAAUACAACUUGGGAAAUUUAUGCAGAGGUUCCAUACUAGAAGAUUCACAUUUACAAAUUCUAACUUAUUAAUAUCAGAAUAUCAAUGUGCCUGAAUAAAGUAUAGUUAAUGUUCUUAUUCGAGUUAAGAUCAGUCAUUUGGUCAACAUACUCAAUUCAGGAGCUCUUUUGAUAUAGCAAAGAUGUUAUAUCAUUACACAAUUAUGUCUUUUAAUAUAACUAAAAUGUUAUAUUAUUGAUAGACCCCUUUUAUUUAAUCCUCUUGCUAAAGACCUUGGCCCUGUUUGGUAACACUUGAAUGCCCCAACUCUCUUACUCUUUAGUCUUAACAAUUAAUCAUGAGGUGGUUAAUGAAUAGUAGGAAAACUGUAGAUAGAAAAUUUGGUUCCUAUACGUCAGGUUUUAACAGUAAUGAUAGAUAAUCAUUGAAUAAUCAUAAAAGAGACCAUCUCCCCAACCUUGUUUUCCAUUGUUUAAGAAAAUAAAAGUUUUAUGAGUA